AUGAUCCGUAAAUGUCAGAGUUGCAUUCAAAUAGAAGGAAGACGUAUCAAAUACAUAUGAUUUCUACAUAUUAUGUUUCGCGUCUACCAAUUUUAUAGUCAUCGCCAUAGUAACGAAUGCAGCCUAAAUGAAAACAAAACUGAAUAGAAACGAUUGAUCUGUGGUUAACUUCUGUUGCCUGAAAAAAUACAAAUAAAGUAAAAGAAAAAGAUGUCUUUCCGAGAAUUACGCAAUUUUACAGAGACAAUGAGAGUACUUGGAUAUCCAAGAUUAAUAUCCAUAGCUAAUUUUCGCUCACCAAAUUUUCCUUUGGUAGCAGAAAUUUUAGUCUGGCUAGUAAAAAGAUUUGAUCCGGAUGUAGACAUAACCUCCGAGCAUAAUACAGAGGAAGAACGAAUUUUUUUAAUACGUAGUGUCGCUGAAUUUAUGGCAUUAAAUACUAACGUGAAAUUAAAUACAAAAAAACUAUAUCAAGCAGACGGUUAUGCUGUACAAGAAUUAUUAAAGAUAACGAAUCUCUUACACGAAGCUCAAAAUCGUGGAAGUGAAAAUAUAAAUUAUAAUGAUAAUCGUAAGAUCGUAGAAUUCAAUAUUUCUGACGAAAUAAACGAGUUAAAAUCAACGAGACAAUUAGCUAGUCUCUUGACUGUGAAUGGUGCGACGCUUUUUGAUCUUCUUGGGCGAGAAGUCGAACUUCGUGAUGUUAGAAACAACAAAGCUGGUAGACAAUUUGAUACUGCUGAAAUAGAAAAUGUUUUGAAGGAUGUUAUUGAAAAUAUGAGAAAAGAAAUAGAAGAUACUAAAAAACAAAUCGACAAUGUCAAGGAUACAGAGCAAAGCCUCGAUACAAGAAUAGAAAGACGUCGAUCAGAGUUGGAAAGAAAUCAAAAGAGACUUCAAGCUUUAAGAAAAGUUCGUCCUGCUUUCAUGGAAGAGUAUGAAAAGCUCGAAGCAGAGUUGAGAAUUUUAUACGACGAUUAUUUACAAAAAUUUCGAUAUCUUUCAUAUCUGGAACAUUUACACGAGGAUGCAGCUAAGGCUGAACAAGAACGCAUUGAGAAACGACAAGCGGAAACGAAAAGGAAGCUCGAACAAUUGCGUUCGGAGGAUUUAAGCUUCGAAAGCAUGGUAGAAGGAAAUGAUUUAGUCUUUGGGGCAGGUCUUCAAGAAUCUCCAUUGAUUCUUGGUGAGGUUGAGAAACAAAAUAGAGAAAAUACUAUACAACCAAGUUCUCGUGCAAAAGCAGAUAUAGAGAAAACGUCGAGAACACAAAUGUCUCAGCGACGAAUUUACGGCAGCAUGUCUGGUCGUCAAAGAGGAACAAUUCUGGAAACUAACGACAGUGCUGGCUCGCUUGAUAGUGACAGCGAUUUACUUAUUGACGGAGAUCUCGACGACGACGAUGACGACGAUGAGGAUGACGAUGAUCUUUUAAAUUCCGUGAGAGGAACGGAUAUAGGAAAUUACGAACGCAAGGUGGUUGGUCAGGAUAAACGAUCUGUCAGCAAGCUCGAUCAUUCCGAUGAAGAUUUUUAAUUUGAAAUAAUUUGAAUCAUAUCUUCCGUUGAUUCAACAAAAUCAACAAAAGAAAGUUCAUUCGUUUCGUCAUUUUCUUUACCUUUAUUUGGUGUGUAUCAUAAAAAAUAAACAAAAUAGAAAAAGAUUGAUAUCAUCGUACACCAUCAUCGUACCUAUUCCAUAGACAUUACAUGCAGCAUAGAGUAUAGACAAAAACUGAUGCAAAAAUUCGCAUGAUUUUUAAUGCUUAAAAAACAAAGUAAUGUUAUAUUGAUAUUGUUCAAUUAUGAUUGUUCGACGAACAACGCAUUUUCAUUAAUAAUGAACGAUGCCGAGAUACAAAUAAUUAGCGGUAAAUCGUUAAAAUUUUCUUCUAUAAUACUCUCCUAUUGGGUCUUUAAUAUUAAGUAUUUCUAAGUACACAUUGUACAUACAUUAACUAUGUCUACGUCAGAUAUUGUUCCUAUGGAUAUGCAUAGGGAGUUCGUUUUAACACGUUGUGUGAAUUUUGAGUGCGCUCAUUAUAAACAAUAAAAAUAAAUGAAUAACCAAAGAAAAGGAGUGAAAGUUAUAC